UCCGUCCGCCCCAGGUGAACCAUCGCCCCGCUCAGCUGCCGCCUGGGCCGGGUACCCCGGCGCCCCCCGCCAUGCCGGGCCGUGCCCAGCCCCGGCCAGCUGCCCGGUGAGCCCGCAGCCAGCCGGAGCCCAGGGCGUGUCACCGGGUGCAGGACUUGCCGGGUGCCAGGGGAGCGGGGUCUGUCUGGCCCGGCCCACUGGCUCCAGUCAAUCAUUAAUUGCGGCAAGGAGAUGGCUGAGAAAGACGGGGGCCCCAAGGUGCCGUGCUGGUCGCUGCCCAAGGUUGUGGCUGUCGUGACUGGUGGUUUCCUGCUCUUAGCCGGCAUUGGAGCCAGCGUGUGGGCCAUUGUGACAUCUGUGCUGGGGAGCAACAGUGAAGGACUGUAUGGUGUCCAGGUCAGUUCGGCCGACCUCCGGCUCACACUGUACGAUGAGAGUGAGAGCAAAUGGCGCCUCAUCUGCUCCACCUCCUCCAAUGCCCUGGUGGCUGCGCUGAGCUGUGCAGAGAUGGGCUUCGUCAGGUCUCUCUGGCACUCGGAGCUGGAUGUGGAGCACGCGGGCGCCAAUGGGACAUCAGGAUAUUUCUGUGUGGACGAGUCUCGCCUGCCCCUGGCCCAUAGACUCAGUGAGGUCGUCUCCAUCUGUGACUGCCCGACGGGCCAGUUCCUUGCGACUCUCUGCCAAGGUAUGGAGCCCUCAGCCCUGGGCAUAGCCCCAUCCAACACCCUGUCCUUCCAUCCCUCCACCCACCUCCAUACCCACAUAGCCAGCCAGCCAUCUACUGACCCAUCCAUCUCAGCACCGACACCCCCCCAUCCAUCUCCACAUCCAUUAUCCAUCCCUCCAGCCAUCUCCAUAUCCACCCAGCCAGCCAUCUACCGACCCAUCCAUCUCCACACCUACACCCCCCCAUCCAUCUCCAUAUCCACUAUCCAUCCCUUCAUCCAUCUCCAUAUCCACCCAGCCAGCCAUCUACUGACCCAUCCAUCUCAGCACAACACCCCCCCAUCCAUCUAUCCAUCUCCACAUCCACUAUCCAUCCCUCCAUCCAUCUCCAUUCCACACACCCCAUCCACCAUCCAUCCAUCCACCUCCAUACCCACCCUGACAGACAGCCAUCUACCCACCCAUCCAUCUCUGCAACUACACCCCCCCAUCUGUCCAUUCACCUCCACACCCACUAUCCAUCCAUCCAUCCAUCUCCAUUCCACACACACCCCUCCAUCCAUCCAUCCAUUCAUCCAUCCAUCCACACACCCUGUAUUCAUCCAGCCAGCCAGCCAGCCACCUCCAUACCUACACAGCCACCCACCUAUCCACUAUCCAUCUACCCAUCCAUCUCCACACCACACAGCCAGCCCUCCAGCCCUCCAUCCAUUCCACACACCUCAUCCAUCCAUCCAUCCAUCCAUCCAUCCAUCUCCACAUCCUGUAUCCAUCCAUCCACCUCCAUAUCCAGCCAUCCAGCCUCUACCCAACCAUCCAUUUCCAUACAUACAUACUUCAUCAAUCCAUCGAUCCACCUCCCUACCUACACACCCCCGUCCCUCCCUUCACCCGUGUCCACACCUACACCCCUCCAUCCAUCCUUCUCUCCAGCCACCCCUCUGUUCAUCUCCUCUGCACACACCUGUCUGCAUGUCCAUCCCCAUGCACACCACUCUCUCUCUCUCUCUCUCUCUCUCUCUAGUCAGUGCCCAUCACAAUCAGCCCUAGUUGGAGCUGGUUGAAAUAUUUAUUUUUUAUUUCCAAGGAAAACAAACAUUUUUCAGGGAAGUUUCAAACUGCAGAUGACUUGGAUUCUGAAGCGUGGCCGCGGUGCUUGUGGGUUACCUCAUGUCCCUGUUCUCGUCCGUGGGCUGAGAUAUCCUGAUGAACCAGAGCCAGGGACUCCCAGGAUGCACUUGGGUCUCUCCUCCUGGACAGGAACGUUGGGUUUUCAACCAGAGCAGAGGCCUUUCCUGAGGAAUUUCCUUUUGUCAAAAACCCAAUUUUCCAUUGAGUCCAAUGGAGCUACAGCUGAUUGACACGGGCUGGGGGUCUGGCCCCAUUGACUCCAAUGGAGCAACGGCCCAUUGACCCCAGCUGGGAUCUGGCCCCAUUGACUCCAAUGGAGCAACGGCCCAUUGACCCCAGCUGGGAUCC